AUGAGUGAGUACUUGGCGGUAGGGAUUGGGGGGAGUAAUUGGCUGAAUUCAUUAGCAGGAGUUAUUACCCAAUUGCCUACUAGAGCUGUGAAUUGUCUCCACCGAUACUUAAAGACGUCGAAUGUACGCCCUCUAAAUGACCAUGUCAGUUACCUGGGAGACCAGUCAUGGCAUGUGUCGUUCCCAUCUCCACAUCUGACUCCAAAUCACAAUCCCACUUCAUCUGGAAGUGUGGCUGAGAGCAAUUAUCCGCUUGACAAAAUGUCUACCAUGAAGCACGACCUCCAAUAUUUGUCUAAGGCAAUGGAUUGGUGGGAGAGCAAAUGUGAUAUUCAUGGCCAAGUGAUGGGAAACUUGGCCAACAAGUUGAACAAAACAUAUGCUGGAGAAGUGAAGCAAACUCUAAAAGCAAUAAGUCGGAGCAAAGAGUUAGAGUCUCUCAAGUUAAAAUUGGAAGAGACAAAGAAAUAUAAUGUCCAGCACUUCACAAAAUCUGAAGACUAUAACUAUGAAAUGGUUGAAUGUUUCAACAACGGCUUUGAAAUGUUCCGAGAUUAUAUGCUUCAGUUGUCUCAUCGGACUACAAUUGGAGCGAAAUUGAUGUAG